GCCUUCGUCAUGGACAAUGCGACGAACAAUGACACCCUGGUUGAGGAGAUUGAGAGGCUGUGCAUGCUCGACGGCAUACACUUCUCUGCCACGCAGGCGCGCCUCCGGUGCAUGCCGCAUACCAUUCACCUUUCUGCCAUCAAGGCUGCGAUCGGUGCCAUAACGCGCUCGGAGGCGGACAAGGCAUCAAGCCGAACCGUCAAUUAUCAAGAUUCUGUCACUAGUCCCCUCGACCCGAAGCCCAACACCUCCCGCAACAAGAAGACGCCCGGAAGCGCCGCUCAAGCAGUUGAGGAUGAUGGGGAUAGCGAGGAGGAGGAGGAGGAAGGCCAUGACGAGCAAGUCUCGGAGCAGGAUGUAUCCACAGCAGUCGGCAAGGUGCGUCAUACGUCGCUAUCAUUGACCGUCAGCUGA